AUGGUCUCCUUCACUUCCCUCGUCACGGCCGUCGUGGCCCUUGCGGGCUCGGCGCUUGCCAUCCCCGCUCCCGACGGCAACAUGACGGGCUUCCCGUUCGAGCAGCUCAUGCGGCGACAGUCGACGCCGUCGUCGACCGGCAGGCACAACGGCUACUACUACUCGUGGUGGACGGACGGCGCCUCCCCAGUGCAGUACCAGAACGGCAACGGCGGCAGCUACAGCGUCCAGUGGCAGUCGGGCGGCAACUUUGUCGGCGGCAAGGGGUGGAUGCCGGGUGGUUCCAAGAGCAUCACGUACUCUGGCACCUUUAACCCAUACAACAACGGCAAUGCUUACCUCUGCAUCUACGGCUGGACUCAGAACCCGCUCGUUGAGUACUACAUCCUCGAAAACUACGGCGAGUACAACCCCGGCAACAGCGCCCAGUCCCGCGGCACGCUCCAGGCGGCCGGCGGCACCUACACUCUGCACGAGUCGACCCGCGUGAACCAGCCCUCGAUCGAGGGCACGCGCACCUUCCAGCAGUACUGGGCCAUCCGCCAGCAGAAGCGCAGCAGCGGCACCGUCAACACGGGCGAGUUCUUCCAGGCCUGGGAGCGCGCCGGCAUGCGCAUGGGCAACCACAACUACAUGAUCGUCGCCACCGAGGGCUACCGCAGCGCCGGCAACAGCAACAUCAACGUCCAGACGCCUGCGUGA